AGCAGAUGUUCACCUGCAACAUCGGGAUUGGCUAGAAAACUUUGGCUGCCGUGCGCCUCGAACUGCAAGGUUUGCUUCAAAGCUGGCAGUGGCAACUGCGUAAAAUCUCCGAGCAAGAUCUGUCCAAACCUGCUGAAGGACAACAAGCAGUGCGUCUGCAUGAACAAAAGGGCAGCUAAGAAUACAUCCAUCAUAGCUUGUAGAGCUUUGACAGUUGACAAACGUUUUGACAGUUACCGUUAG